AUGUCAACCAUUCAACAACAACCACCUGAACUCAAGGCAUACAAUGAUAAAAUGAAUCAACUCCAAGAUGUUAUGUUGAAUAGACAAAGAUUAUUAACACAAAAAAAUGAAAAUGAAAUGGUCAAGAAAGAGCUUGAAAUAUUAGAAGAUGACGAUAUUAUAUACAAAUUAGAAGAUGGUGAAUUAAAAGAAGAAGACCCUCUUGAGGCUGAAAUGUGUGUUGAUCAACGAUUGGAAUAUCUUGAAAGUGAAUUGAAGAAGUGUGAUGUAAAAGAAGCUGAUCUUCAAGCUCAAGUUAAAGAAUGUCAAAAGAAAUUAGCUGACAUUCAGAAGGCUGCAUUAGCUGGUCAAUCAAAAUAA